UUGGUUUCCCCUCAAAACAAAAACAUAGCCUUCAGCCGGCUCUUCGAAAAGGCGCCGAGGGAACGUCACAUGAGUAUAAUCAUUUCUAAAUGUGAAGGAUAGAAAAGCAGUGGCGAAAGGAGAACAUAAUCCCCCACCCCCGCCGAACCCGGGCAAGGAUCGGCGGGAGCGAGAGAAAGUCCAGCCGUUGUCGACCCCCUCCUCCCGCUCCGAGUUCGUUGGGAGCGGGAGCGGCGGCGCCGUGACGUCAGCAGUCCAUCAACGGGCGGGCGCUGCGUGACGUCGCCUGCCAUUCAAAGGGAGGGGCGUGGCCUGCGCUCCGAACGCUACGUAAAUAUUUGUAUUCGUGUUGGGACUCGCUGGUGUCUCGGAGCACGUUAGUGUGAGGGCUUGGCGAGCAAAAACAAACAACCACCGGCAUAAUUAACAGGAGGCCGAGCACACACCGGCUCGGGCGAGGAGAAAGUUACCAGCUCGUCCCCCCCUCCCCCGACCGUCUCUGCAGUCGGUUAGCAAUAUUUACAAGAGUGCGUGAGGUGGGGGGACCUCGUCUCCCUGUCGCUGGCUCACACCAUGUCCGUUAAUAUGGACGAGCUGAAACACCAAGUGAUGAUAAAUCAGUUCGUGCUGACCGCAGGAUGUGCGGCAGAUCAGGCUAAGCAGCUCUUGCAGGCGGCGCACUGGCAGUUCGAGACGGCCCUGAGCGCCUUCUUCCAAGAAGCCAACGUGCCCUACAAUCAUCACCAUCAGAUGAUGUGCACUCCAGCUAAUACACCUGCAACACCUCCUAAUUUUCCAGAUGCACUUACAAUGUUUUCAAGGCUGAAAGCUUCAGAAAGCUUCAACAGUAGCAGUCCAAUUGCCUCAAUGGCAACAUCUCCUCCUCCUGUAAACUUCAACUCAGGCUGGCCAAUGUCUCCUCCAAAUCAGCAGGGCAUGUGGACUCCAGCAUCACCCACUCCACAUACUGGCUGGCCAGCAGCUGUGUCCCAACAAACCACCUCAGAACAGAAGGUUAAUGUUGCCAUGGAGGCUGAGAGAUGAGGCCUAUUUAUGGCUUUGUAGGUGAAGCAGGAAAAGUCUUGCAUGGGUCAAUAUAAAAUAGUUUCUGUUGUAUUGUGCUGCAGCUAAUCUGAACUGAAGGAAUACAAUAGGGAAGAUUCAACUUCGUAGCAGAAGAAUUAUGGGUCCAGCAAUUUUCAAACAAAGCCUUGUUUCUGGAGUUUGCAUGUGUGUGACACAAUUAAAAGACUUGCAAGUCCAUCAGCCUGACUUCAAAAAUGGAAUUGUUAACUUUGAGUAACUUGUUUAUGAUGGUUGACCCUUCAAAAGGAACCUAUCAGUGAUUAGCUGCUAUAUUAGAGACAACCAUGAAGAUCACUAAUGGUUUUUAAAGAAUACUCCGUUACUUUUUUGCAGUAAAAUUGUGGCAGUUGUCAAUUGAAUUACAGGGUGGGAGUAUGUGGAAUUGCAGCAAUGGACAAUUAAAACAAAUAAUAAACUUUAAUACAGGGAUUGCAAAUUAGGUUUUCAAAUCAUUGUUUAUCUUUGUAUUUGGUUUGUGAAUGAGGUUUUCUGAGGGAAGGGGAAACUAGAAAAGCAGUCCUAGUGUACUGACUGCAGGCAGACUACUACAGUAAGGUUUUAAUGUUUUAUAUAAAAAAGUGCCAUUGCAUGAUACUGUACAUUAAAAUGUAAACAUUGGGGGGAGAAGAAAGUUUAAAAAAACAAAAAAAAUGUGUUUUGCUACUCUUAACAACUGUGUGAUAGAAUUUAAAUUCACCUUAGCAACAGUUGCAAUGAGUACAGGUUUGUCCUUUUUGUCAAACUUGGACUAUAUAAUUUUUUUUGUACUACGUUAUGCGCAGACAGGGAGUACCAAUUAUUUUUAGAACUGUUUUAUCUAUCUUAUCACUUCCUCUUUCAUUGCUGCCCUAUUCUGUCUAUGUCCCCAGUUCAAGAAUGUUUAUGGUCAAAGAAACCCAAGUUGACAAAACAAAUCUUUGCACAAAUUGUUUCCUUUACUUUUAAUGAGAUUUCUUGCUUCUUGAGGAUUGCUUGUUCCGAAUAGAUCGAUAUGUAUUUUUUUUAAUGAUACUGUUCCACAAUAUUUGUGGAGUACCUGAUGAAUAAUUAACUUAUCUUUGUGUUGGUAAAUAAAUAUUGUAUGUACUAAUGGUACUCCUCCUGUACUGAUCUUAUAUUUAACCUUAGCAGAUGGUAAGUAUGCCAUCAAUUUUAAAUAAAAAUUGAAGCACAAUAAAUAUGAAUUGAAACUAUA